UGGCUAGCUAGGUGGGGUAACAUCGCUUCAAAAUUAGCCUUUUCCUCUGUGGACAAGAAAGAAGUGUGAGAGCACAGUGUGAGAGGUGAUCUUCCCAAAGUUGUCUUUUGGCUUGGACACACUUGAGUGCGUGUGUGUAUACGUGUAUGUGUAAGGGUGGAUGUUUGUAUGGAUGCACUUGACUGCAUGCAGAUUUAGGAUCCUGGCCUGAUGGAAAAGAGAGACAGGAAGCCGGGAUAUUUUGCCAGGCUGAAGAGGCGGAGACAGCUGAAGCAGAGCCAAUCGGAUAAGAAUGUGAAUGAGCAGAACCCGACAAUCAUCUCCUGUCCAGACAUCCCAACUGACAGCAACCCCAACAAGAAGACAGAUCUGCAGAGAAUAACAGCGAAAGCGCCUGCAGCCUCAGAUGAUGGCUGAAAAAGUAACAAUCAGGCAAAGAAGGAGAAGAGGAGGCCACCGGGGACAGUGGAGUUCAUUGUGGGACCUAACGAUUCCCUCAACAGCAUCGCUCUCAAGUUCAACAUCACCCCAAACAAACUGGUCCAGCUGAACAAGCUCUUUGCUCGCAGCGUCUACCCCGGUCAGAAGCUGUUUGUCCCUGAUGUGAGCCAGCCAGAAACAGAAGUAAAGUCUCAGAGUUCCUCUGAUCCCACCCUCACAAAUGGUUUGUCUGAGAAACCAUUAAAUGAUGGCAUUUCAAACUGCAGGUCAGCAAAAUCCAUCCGGCGUGAGCUCUCCCCGAACUCAGAGGACGAGAGCCCGUCGACUGUUAAAUUCAUCAAGAUGAGCUGCAAGUAUUUCACUGAUGGCAUGGGAGUGGUGGGAGGCGUGCUGAUCGUGACCCCCAACAACAUCAUGUUUGACCCCCACAAGUCAGACCCCCUGGUGAUCGAGCACGGCUGUGAGGAGUACGGCCUCAUCUGCCCCAUGGAAGAGGUCGUCUCUGUAGCGCUGUACGACGACGUGUCGCGCAUGAAGCUCAAAGACGCCCUUCCAUCAGACCUACCCCAGGAUCUGUGUCCUGUGUACAGGCCUGGUGAGUGGGAGCAGCUCCCGUCAGAGCGGGACUUAAACCCCUUCAGCCGCUACGAAGCUCUGGAACCAAAGCGACCCAUCGUCUUGGACGACAUUGAAUCAACCCUCUCUGAAACUGGGAGUACAGAGGGAGAGCAGACAGAGAAGUCUCCGUCAGAUGAAGGAUUCACAGAGUUGGAGCCUACUGUCAACGGGAGCACUGAAGAAGCAGAGGGAACAACCUCCAGAACAUCCAGCAUCCUCAGCAGGGACCAACAGAAACUCCUAGGACCAAGUUGCCCAGGCAGAGGAGACAAGUCGAUGCUUGAUCAAACUAAAGGGAAGCUGGAUGAUGAAGAAGAUGAAGGUGUAGCUCAGAACAGCUCCAUCGAGGAUGGAGAGUCAAUACAAUCCUCCUCAGAGACUGAGAAACAGGGCUACUCGCGCGAUAAACCUACAAGCCAAGACGUAACCAAAACCAAAGACAUCAAACCUAAAGGGACGGAAGAGCUGCUAAAUGGUGUAGAUGAUAAGAUAAUCAGCGCACCAGUGGACCAAAACAGGAAGUUGAGUCUGAUUGAAGCUGCAGAGGUUCAUGGGAACUCCAGUCCUAAGAGACGAAGCUCGGACAGACGAGCCGAGGAGGACGAACUCAGUGAAGAGGAGAGACGGAAGAAAAACUAUGAAGCAGAAGUGAAGUCAUGGCUGAUGGAGAGGAUGCAGGCUCCAAUAGAAGACAUGCUUUUUUCAUCAGAGGAGAAGAGUAAAAACCCUCCAAUGUUCCUCUGCUUCAAAGUGGGAAAGCCAAUGAGGAAGUCCUUUGCUACCGGCAUGACCUCUAGUCCUGCCCACUCCUUUGGGGGCCGUGGGAAGCAGCCAGAGUACUGGUUCGCUGUGCCACAAGAAAGGGUGGACCAUCUCUAUGCAUUUUUUGUGCAGUGGUCUCCGGAUGUGUAUGGGAAGGAGGCUCGAGAGCAGGGCUUUGUUGUGGUGGAGAAAGAUGAGCUGGACAUGAUCGAUAACUUCUUCAGUGACCCUGCAUCUUGCAGCUGGGAGAUCAUUACCAUUGAUGAGGCUAAGCGCAGGCAGAGUUUUGGCAGCUGUGACGGAGACCUGUCUGUGGAUGCACUGCCCAUACUCAGUGAUACCAGUGACCUGCUGCAGGAUACACACAUUGAGAAGCUUGCCUGUCGCCUGCCAGCCCGUGUGCAGGGUUACCCCUGGAGACUGGCCUACAGCACCGAGAGAAAUGGAACCAGCCUCAAGACUCUGUACAGAAACCUGGCAGAUGUGGACAGCCCUGUUCUGCUGGUCAUCAAAGACAUGGAUAACCAGAUAUUUGGGGCAUUCUCAACUCAUCCCUUCAGAGUGAGCGAGCACUGCUAUGGCACAGGAGAGACGUUCCUCUACAGCUUCUGUCCUGAAAUCAAGGUGUACCGGUGGACGGGGGAGAAUUCUUACUUUGUGAAAGGCAGUACUGAUUCUCUGCAGAUGGGAGGAGGAGGUGGUCAGCUGGGUCUGUGGCUGGAUGCCGAGCUCUACCGGGGCACCACCACCAAAUGCGCCACCUUCAACAACCAGCCACUCUCCGCCCAGCAGGACUUCAGCAUCCACAGUCUUGAGGUCUGGACCUUCGAAUAGCCUGGCCUGCUCUAUACUAGCUACUUCUACAUUCACGCUCCGCUCCACAACCCCAAACCUUCAAACAACCCCAAGUCUAAUACGCACCACUUGGAGGCAAACCUAGCUACCCCACAACGACACUAAAUGCUCUGUGAGAGAGGACAGAAAGCGGCACCUGUGGAGUGUUCAUGCUGACUGAAAACAGAGCGGAAACGUCUGUCCUCUGUAGCCUGUUUUGACGUGGGUUUGACCUGCAGGUAGGUUGGCCAGUUUAUGUCUGCGUCUUCCUUCAAAGGUGGAAGUGUAAGAAAAUGCUGUUGCUCUCAGUUCAUUGGCUGCCUUAGACAUGUGACAACGGCCCCAGCUUUCCCAGCAUGCAGACUGCCUUACCACCACAAGCUUAUGAAGAGAGAGGGACGACGAAGGCUGCUAAUGAGGAAAUCCCAAAAAGAGCUGAUUUUUAAGUGUGUAUGAAAGAAUAAGAUGUCCCAUAAUACUGUAGGUUUGUUGCAGAAAUAAUGGUUGAUGUAAUUUGUAUGUGUGGGAAUGUACAGGGUGAUGCACCGAAGAUGUUUGGACGGCAUAUCUUUUUUUAAAACGCUAUGGACUUUAUACCUGAAGAAAAAAAUACCAGGAAGGAUAUUACAUCCUCUAUCAUUAAAUUACUUUCAAUGCGGGAAACGUAGUGAUUGUUUACAAUGGAAGUGUUGCACUUCCUCUAAAGGCCGUCUUGUCCCUUUAUUUUGAGUUUUAGAUUAACCGAAUGAGAAUGUUCCAUUGCAUUUCCUCAUGAUUUCAUAUAAAGUUUCAUUCCCCCUACAAUCCAAAAUAAGUGACAAAGCCAGGAAAUGUUUGCAAUGACCAAAUAUGUUUCUUUUUAAUUUCAUAUUUGUUGUGAGCUUGUCAUAUUUUAUAAAAUAUUUUAAAUUUUUUAU